GCUUCGGCACGAAUGGGCCGGCUCGACCGGAGUGAUACCAUGGCCUCACAGAAAACCGACGUGAAGCAACGCUUGCGUCGUAUUUCGUCGUGUGAGUGAGGUUACACGAUUUUUUUUUUAAAUUUUUUUUUUUUUUACAUGUUUUUUUUAAUAAAACGUUGCCCCACACUAUGAUUUUCUCCUGUGUCGUGGGUGCGUUUACAAACAUACAAGUUCACAUACACAUGACAUCUAGACCCGGAACAACAAUCUGUGGAUUAGACAAAGAGUUGUUCCGUGCGGGAAUCGAACCCGCGACACGUUGCCCGGCAGCUGGUUGCUCACCCAUCGCGCCAACCGUGCAGUCUUCCGCUUUCCCAAUCUCCCCAAUUCCUGAAUCCACGACGACCCUCAAAACUCCUUAUCCCCAAAAAGCCGGUGACGCACUUGUAACGCCUUUGGUGUUCCAGGUGUUCAUGGGCGACGCCGAUUGCUUACCAUCAGGUGAUCCGUCUGCUCGUUUACCGGCUUAUGCCGUAAAAAAAAUACCAGGGUCGAAAUCACAAAGUUUAAGAAACACUGUUAAAUCAGGUGUAGAAUCUUUAUUGAUCUUAAUAGCUGCUCUAAAUGAAUAG